AUCCUGUACAGAAUAACAUGUACACGUCUCACUAAAAGUUGUCAACACGAGUGUAACCGUAUGGAUAUCUGUAAAUAGUGAAAUCUGAUAAAGAAGCCAAGAAGUGAAUCCAAAGAAUAUCAGAAGUUGAGGCGUAGACAGACGUUGCUGCCAAAAUGAAAACACUAUUGGUGUUAUUUUUGGGAUUAACUUGUUUAUCUGGUAUAAUCUGUCCACCUGUACAAACACAGCCAGAAGAAGGUGGAAGUGAGAAUGACGAUGAACACACAGGUUUGGAAUAUGAUCGCUAUCUGAAGGAGAUUAUUAUGGUACUUGAAGAAGAUCCCCACUUUAGGAAGAAGUUGGAGGAGGCCAAUGUUACAGACAUAAAGAGUGGAAAAAUUGCAAGUCAUCUAAACAUGGUGGCACACAAUGUAAGAGAAAGGUUAGACGAAAUAAAGAGAAGGGAAAUCAGCCGACUAAAAACGUUGGCUCGUGAAAAGAUGAAGACCAUGCAUGGUACGCAAGUAUUGAAAUACAUUGCUCAAUUCGGAGGAAUCCAGAAGAUGGAUGCUGCAGCUCAUCAUGUUGAUACAGAUAAUCAGCAUUCCUUUGAAGUAUCUGAUUUAGAAAAACUUAUAUUAAAAGCUACCAAAGAUUUAGAAGCCAUUGAUAAACAGCGGAGAGAGGAAUUCAAAAGUUAUGAAAUGGCAAAGGAACAUGAGAGAAAGGAAAAAUUACACAAUAUGUCAGAAGAGGAACAGAAAAAGGAAGAACAACAUUAUGAAGAACUGCAGAAAAAGCAUAAAGAUCACCCCAAACUUCACCAUCCCGGUAGCAAGAAACAGCUGGAGGAUGUAUGGGAGAAUACCGACCACCUCGACCCAGACUCUUUUGAACCCAAAACUUUCUUCAAAUUUCAUGAUAUUGACGGAAAUGGUUUCUUGGAUGAAGAUGAGGUGGAAGCACUAUUCCAAAAAGAGCUUGACCGUGUGUAUGAUGAAAAUGCCCCAGAGGAUGAUAUGAAUGAGCGGUAUGAAGAGAUGGCACGCAUGAGAGAACAUGUUGUCAACGAGAUUGAUCACAACAAGGAUAAGUUGGUGUCUCUUGAUGAGUUUCUGGCCUACACACACGGGGAGGAAUUCAAAAAGGAUGAAGGCUGGGAGACUUUGGAUGAACAGGAACCAUACACUGAUGAAGAAUUUGCUGAGUAUGAGAAGAUGCUUCGGGAGGAGGAGGAUAUGCGGAGACAACAGGGAUCAUUGGAUGGGCAUGCUCAACCUGGAGUUGUGAUGCACCCACCACAACACCCCAAUGUUCAUGAAAUGGAGAUGCCACAACAAAUUCCACAACAUCAGCAACAGCAGUUCAUGCAGCAGCAGCAACAACACAUGCAAGGAAUGCCACAACAAGGAAUGCCACAGCAUAUACAAGGAAUGCCACAGCAUAUACAAGGAAUGCCACAACAAGGAAUGCCACAUCAGGGAAUGCCACAACAUAUACAAGGAAUGCCACAACAAGGAAUGCCACAUCAGGGAAUACCACAACAUAUGCAAGGAAUGCCACAGCAAGGAAUGCCACAACAGGGAAUGCCACACCAGGGAAUGCCACAACAGGGAAUGCCACAACAGGUGCCACAACAUCAACAACAGCAAUUCAUGCAGCAACAACAACACAUGCAGGGAUUGCCACAACAGGGAGCAGCUCAUUUGGAGGCAUCAAAACAAGCGCAGCAGGGUUUUCCAGCUGAUAUGGGCAAAGCCAUAGAUGAUCUACAGCAGCAAGCCAGUGAUAUGAUGAACAAAGCACAACAUCAGGCAAACCAGUUUCAGCAGCAAAAGGCACAGGAGGCACCAGCAGCUGCAGGGGGACAACCUGUAGUGGGAGGUCAGGUACCAGUGCAGAAUAACCAAGCAGCUCCACAAGCUCAGGCAGGACAACAAGCACAGGCAGCACCACAAGCACAAGCAGGACAACAAGCACAAGCAGGACAAGUACAAGCAGGACAAGCACAAGCAGGACAAGCACAAGCAGGACAGCAAGCACAAGCAGGACAAGUACAAGCAGGACAAGCACAAGCAGGACAGCAAGCACAAGCAGGACAAGCACAAGCCCAGCAACCAAAACACUGAUCAGUUUUGACAUUAUAAUUAUUACUAGGAUGACUAUCGUUUUAAAUAUGAACUAUCCAGUCUAAUAAUAGGUCGAUUAUUUUUGUUAAAUUAGGAAGUGGCUUAUAUAACAAGGUCUGUUAGAAUCUGACUAUUUAUUCUUUGGAUAUUAACUGUUUGGACUUUGUACUAGAUUUUUUUUCUUUAAAGAUUGAUUCUACAUUGAUCUACUCUUGACUACUUUCUGUUAAUUAAUAGAUUUAUACAGCUGUUUUAAUAUAGAACAUUACAUUAUGAGGAAGCUGUAGGAAAUACAAAGCUACUAUAAAAAGCUAUAAAACAAAUAUUCAUCUGCUUUAAUUUACUUUUGAGCUUACAAUUUUAUAAAAUCAGAGAUGUCUUAAAAAACAACAUCAAAAUUGUUGGCCAUUCAUUUGUCUCUUUAAAAAUAACCAAUGUUAACCUGUAUACCUAUUUUUGGUCUUACAUUUAUUCAUAUUUUUGCUGCAUGUACCUACAUAUGACAAUAUUUCAGUUUUUUUGCUAGACAGUGUGAAUACAAAAAUUGGGAAAUAGAACAAAAAAAUUGUUCGCUUCAAUAUUUCUGGGGAAAAUAUAUAUCCUUUUUGCUUCAAAACAGCUAAAAUUGAACCCUUUCCAAAAACAACUUUUAACAAUCUGAGAACCGAACACCUGGUUGUAGUUGGUCAGUAAUAGAGUGUGAGUAAGAUUUUGUUUUAAAUUCUAGCGUGAAACAAAUUGUGUGUGCUAACUCCUGAUAGUGUGAACCAGUGUGAAUUUUAGUUCAGAAGUCUAGUUGUAAGACUAGUGCUCUGGUUCAUUGUCAUGAACAGCUGUGGUUCAUGAUGUCAUGAACAGCUCUGGUUCUUUGUCAUGAACAGCUCUGGUUCAUGAUGUCAUGAACUGCUCUGGUUCUUUGUCAUGAACAGCUCUGGUUCUUUGUCAUGAACAGCUGUGGUUCAUGAUGUCAUGAACAGCUCUGGUUCUUUGUCAUGAACAGCUGUGGUUCAUGAUGUCAUGAACAGCUCUGGUUCAUGAUGUCAAGAACCAAUUUAGAGAUGUUUAAUGUAGAAAUAAUAGAUUUGAACUUCCAUGAAAUGAUAAAGCCACGAUAAAAUACAGCAAAUCAAAAUUUACUGUUGUAUUAGACUUUGAUGUUGAUAUUUCUGUAUUAAGAAUGAAAAUGUAUUCUACAAUGUUAAACCAUAUCAAGGCUGAAGGGAUGUUAGUAUAUCCCUGGAACUAGAUAUUAUAUAGACUUUCAUUUUCGUUUGCUACUACUAAAACUGUUUUUUGUUGUGUUGAAGUUGCAUAUUACUUUUACUGCCAAAAUAACUUAGCUGAUUUAAAUUGUUACCGUAUAUAUCCCAAUGUGCCUUCCACUGUAAACUGGCUUAAAUUACACGCUCUCUAUUUACUGAAUCAAAUAUUUCUUAUGCUAUAUAUUCCAAAUAAAUAUUUUGGUAAAAACAAUCCACAGUGCUCUUAAAUAUGAAAAAAUAAAAGAAAAUAAUCUGCUUUGCUCUUAAAGAUGUAAAAAAGGAAAUAAUUUUGACACUCUGAAAAAGACAGAAAUUUUAAUGAUAGGGAAAAAGAUACAUUGCAAUUUAUUGCCGCCAAUUCAAAAAGGAAAUGUACACAAUAGCACAGUUGUUAACUUUUAAUUGAUAACAAUCUUUCAUUCAUGAAAUUUAAAACUUCAUGCAAAACAGGUUUUAACUACAACAAUUCCUGAAUAGUUAUUUGAAGUGCUAUUACAACCGUUCUAGUCAUUUCUGAAAGGAUUGGUAUGGGGACAUUUACGGUAAUGUUAGAGACAUAUUGUUAGUUAUAUGGUAGCUGGUGUCCGAGUCCUGUAGAACUUGCUACAGAUGUUUAUAUGAUGUUUAUUUAUUUAUGAUGACAUUGCCACACUUUUUUUGUUUCACUAGAUGCUUUAUUAUUUAUAAUUACAUAACAUUACUAUUUUUGCUUCGCGGGAGUUUUAUGUAUUUAUAUUUUUAUUUUUAAGAUUCUAAAUAGAUAUGUUAUCAAUUAUUUUAUUAAGUAAUGUAGAAAAUUAAUGAUAUAGUAAUAAAUUGGAAGAAAAUGUUAUGAUGCCUGGUGAGAAAUUGCAUGUGGUUUUACAUAUCAGGGGAGAUAAAAAAUUAUUGUAAGAUAUUAACUGAUAUGACAAAAUCUUUUGAUUUAAAAUCAAGAUGGUGUAUUUUUUAAAACCAUGUUACAUGAUAGAAUGGUAGGAAAGGUUAACACAGUAACUAGGUAUUUACAUAGAACACAUAUAGGUAAUUAAAUUAUUCAAAAAUAUUAUAUUUUAUUGUACUUUGUUUGAAAUUUGUUUACAAGUAUUUUUAUGUAGAUCAUAUAUCAGUAUUCCUACGCUGUUUUUUGUAGUUUUGUUGAGUUUUUGCAGUUUUUCGGACAUCAUAUAAAAAACUAAACUAAUUUUAUUAGUUCCUGUAUAGAACCAUAGUACAGUAGACUUCUGUAAUGAACAAAUCUAUGCAUACACUAGUCAUUUUUACUGUUAGUACAUUUUGAGUCAUUCAUAUUGAUUUAUAGAGUACUAACACAAAAAUUAAACUUUAGUAAUUUAUUAUCAAAAAAGGAAAAUGUUCUAGGAAAUGUUUGAAGUAGAAGUUCCCGUCUGUAUAUUUGAUAUUAUGUCUGAAACCUAGUUUUAAAUGUGUGGAUGAAAGAGAGUUGUUAUGCUCAAUAAAAGUUGAAAUAUAUUUAUGUUUAAACCUUUAAUUGGUAUUAAUCCAUUGUAUGUCGGUAGAGAAAUGUGUAAUGUAUUGUGUUAUGGCUAAUACACAAUAGUCUGUACAACAAUGGAUCUUUCCAUCUUCAUAUGGACAGUACUAUCAGUCAGGCUGCUGGACUCCCCUGGUAAGGCUGUAAUCAGUGAUAGUUAAGGACUCCCUGGUAAGGCUGUAAUCAGUGAUAGUUAAGGACUCCCCUGGUAAGGCUGUAAUCAGUGAUAGAUAAGGACUCCCCUGGUAAGGCUGUAAUCAGUGAUAGUUAAGGACUCCCUGGUAAGGCUGUAAUCAGUGAUAGUUAAGGACUCCCUGGUAAGGCUGUAAUCAGUGAUAGUUAAGGACUCCCCUGGUAAGGCUGUAAUCAGUGAUAGUUAAGGACUCCCCUGGUAAGGCUGUAAUCAGUGAUAGUUAAGGACUCCCCUGGUAAGGCUGUAAUCAGUGAUAGUUAAGGACUCCCCUGGUAAGGCUGUAAUCAGUGAUAGAUAAGGACCCCCUGGUAAGGCUGUAAUCAGUGAUAGUUAAGGACUCCCUGGUAAGGCUGUAAUCAGUGAUAGUUCAGGACUCCCCUGGUAAGGCUGUAAUCAGUGAUAGUUAAGGACUCCCCUGGUAAGGCUGUAAUCAGUGAUAGUUAAGGACUCCCCUGGUAAGGCUGUAAUCAGUGAUAGUUAAGGACUCCCCUGGUAAGGCUGUAAUCAGUGAUAGUUAAGGACUCCCCUGGUAAGGCUGUAAUCAGUGAUAGAUAAGGACUCCCUGGUAAGGCUGUAAUCAGUGAUAGUUAAGGACUCCCCUGGUAAGGCUGUAAUCAGUGAUAGUUAAGGAGUGACGGAAUAUUGGGGCAUCUGUGGUGUCAAUAUUAAACUCUACAGGGUAAUUUGUGUUUACCGAUAUAUGUCCUUUCUUAACAUUCGUUGUACUAAUGUGAUACAUUACAUAUGUGACAUUUCUGUAAAUAGAUAAAAAAUACAUAUAAACUGAAGCAGGUAUCUAGAUGUGCACUGUGAUCACUUUAAUAACGCUAUUGUCAUAUUACAGAGCAUUUUCAGCUGUGAGAAUAUAUAACUUUGUGUAAUUUGAAAUACCCAUUGCCAUGUUGAGUAACACUGCCAGAAAGAUUCCCACUAACCAGUGUGGUACGGUCAUGUAUCAUCGGCUCAGUUGUGAGUGAACACACUGGUGCUACUUUUAGUCUUGCCCAUUAUAAAGUGCCUACAUAUUGUAUGUAUACGCAUUUCAUUUCUUAUUCUAAAAAUCUAUCAAGAUAUCUAAUUUUAUCAAUUCUACUUUAAGACCCUUGAUGAUUUCUAAUUAAUUAACAGUUGUUAGUUUAUAGAGGUAUUGUAAGUUUACAUUGAUGAGGUUCUUAUUGUGAAGCAUGGACACUUCAUAUGAUCUUUUUAGAUAGAAUUAAAUCUCCACAAUUCUGUAUAAGCAACACUUAAUGAUGUAUUCAUACUUGUCAAGGGCUGUAGAAUGGAAAGUCGACAUUGACAAUUAUUUUGUCACUUAAACAUGCUGUAAACAGCUCAGUUUUAAGGAUAAAGAACAUAUAAGACUAGAAAAUAUAACAUAAUUAAUUUUCAAAAAAGUUUGGGACCAAACUUUUGCACUUGAGAUUGUCAAAUUUACUGAAAUAAACUGGCGACUCCGAUCCAGAAUGUGAGAUUUGUCAAAUUUACUGAAAUAAACUGGUGACUGCGAUCCAGAAUGUGAGAUUUGACAGGUAGGAGACUUAUAAUAAAACAAAUUGGGGACUGAUCCAAAACUUCAGAUUUGACAGGUAGGAGACUGAUAAUGAAAUAAAUUAGAGGCUCUGAUCCAAAUCUUGAGACUUGACAGGUAUGUACAUAUUGGUGAAUUUCAAUUCAUUUGAAAUGCAUUCACCUUCUUUUGUGAAUAUUUAUUAUUUUUAUCUUAUGGCACUGGAUCAGGUAAUAUUGUAGCUUUUUUAUCUUCCUCAGUCUCCAUGGUUUCCUUAUUACAACUUCAUGUAAAAAAAACAGCCUCCCAUCUAAAUUACAAUGUGUUGUGCCAGUUACUGGUAAAACAGCAGUAUUGUAAUGUCAUGUAGUAUUGAGUAUUUGUAUUUUUAUGAAGGUAAUGAAUUACAAUCACGAGGUAAACAUUUACUUUAUAAUGUCACAAUUAUUUUGCAACAUUAUUUUAGAAUUUGUUACUAAUAAAUAUACUGGUGUCUAAUCGCACCAUUUAAAAUCAGACAUGUUUUGGCUACAUGUAUCACCAAACAUAUUGUGGUGAUACUGUAGCAAAGAGACAUUGAAUUUGAUGUCCUUUUCAAAGAUAAUAUAUUAGAGAGUAUUACCCAAAAAUUACAUGUGUUCAUUUUGUGAAAGAAACUGUGGAAAUAGAAAGUUAUAAAAACCUUAGUUACCGGUACGAUACAAGGCAUGAUUGUGACAUCCUUCUAAUGCAAUUAAGUUGAGAUUCUAUUUGUUCAUGAUCUGUUCUGGAACACAGUGAACUUUUAAAGUGGAUUUAAACCAUGAGAGAUGUUAAAUUGAUUUAGUUGAUUCAUACAAACUUGGCAAAGGAAAAUACUUACUAGAGCAACAGACCAAAGUAUCGGUGUUCAUUUUGUUUUGUGAUAAAUUGUUUCAGUAUUUUGAAUUGUAGAUAAUACAACUGAUAUAAUUUUACUCUUUUUUUUGUGCGAAAAUUGUGUCUCUUGUGUUUGAUAAUUCAACCCACAGUAGUGUUGUUUCUUUUUUUUCUUUUUUUGCCAAUCAUACCAUUUAAAUGAUCAGUACAUUACGAUUUCCAAGUAAGGAUUCAUUUUGCCCUAUUUUAUUUGAAUUUCUAAAUUCUAAUCAUGGGAAACGGAAACAUUCCAUAAAGCAUUAUCUCCCUUUGUUGAAUUCGUCUCAUGUGAAAUGUUCAGUGUAUUAUCCAUUGGCUUGGAUAACGGAAUGUAAAAGAAAAAUAAAAUGUGAUAAA